GAGAGAGGCGGAGGCUCGGCUCGGACCACGCCCGCCUCCGUGCCCCGCGGAAAAUGCGUGGGAGCUCAGCUGCCCGUCGUGUCUCCUGAGCCGUGUUGCCUGGCCUGAGCGGCCAGUCGGGGACGCCAGCUGGGCUUCCUCCGGCGCCCUCCCGGGUCCGCAGUGGGGCGAGCAGGGGAAGCAACUCUGCUGUCUAGGAUGGGAUCCAAGCUCUCGGUGGACGACUCGGUGCGUGUUGUGAUCAUUGGAGGAGGUUUCGGGGGAAUUGCAGCUGCCAGACAACUAAAGUCCUGGGGAAUCCCCUUUGUUCUUGUGGACAUGAGAGAUGCAUUCCACCACAAUGUGGGUGCUCUCCGGGCCUCUGUAGAGAGUGGAUUUGCCAGGAAAACCUUCAUCUCUUACUCUGUGACCUUUAAGGAGAGCUUCCGACAAGCCAAGGUGGUUGGAAUAGACCUACUGAGGCAGAAAGUCUUGCUGAAUGAUGGUGAGGAACUUUUCUACUCUCACCUCAUCCUUGCUACAGGCAGUGAUGGGCCUUUCCCUGGGAAGUUUAACCAGAUCAUUGACGUGGAAACUGCCAUUCAGACUUAUGAAGACAUGGUCAAGGAGCUCCAAAAAUCUCAACGUAUCGUGAUAGUAGGCGGUGGUGCUGCUGGAGUGGAGAUGGCUGCAGAGAUUAAAACAGAAUAUCCAGCCAAAGAGGUCACCCUCAUUCACUCAAAAAUCGCACUGGCUGAUGUGGAGCUUCUACCAAGUGUCCGGCAGGUGGUGAAGGAGAUUCUUCUCAACAAAGAAGUGCGUCUCUUGUUAAGUGACAGAGUCAGCAACCUGCAUAUGCUGACUUUAAACCGAUUCCAAGAGAAUAUGGCAGUCAAGACAGAAAAGGGCAGAGAGAUUGCUGCUGACAUGGUGAUUCUCUGCACUGGUAUAAAGAUCAAUUCAUCAGCAUACAGCAGUGCAUUUGGGGACAAGCUGGCUAGUAAUGGUGCUUUAAAGGUCAACCAGUACCUCCAGGUGGAAGGGUAUGAUAACAUCUAUGCUAUUGGUGAUUGUGCUGAUGUGAAGGAACCAAAGAUGGCAUACCAUGCUGGGCUCCAUGCCAAUAUUGUGGUGACAAACAUCAUCAACAGUCUGACACAAAAAUCUCUUAAAACCUACCAGCCAGGAUCACUAACCUUCCUGCUGUCGAUGGGCCGGAACGAUGGGGUAGGCCAGAUUAAUGGAUGCUACGUGGGACGUCUUGUGGUGACUAUUGCCAAGAGCCGGGACCUUUUUGUUUCUAAGAGCUGGAAGACUAUGGAACAGACUAUGCCCUGCUAGAUAGAAAGGAUCAUGAUGAAGUAGCAAGAGAGCACAUGUAUCAACUGGCAUGAAUAAAGCUGGAAAAGAGUAAAA